CGAUCCUGCAAAGUGAUCUGUCGGCUGCGUUACCUUUUUCUCUUUCACGUGUGUACAGUAGCGCAAGAAUGAUCACGCACGCAAAAGUGCGGUAUGAGGAUGAUCGAAAACUUGCGGUUGUGGACAUUCGAGACAUAGAAAACUUCCAUCCCGAGAACGCGAAGGAUUUCAAAUCGAAGUUCUUUUAUUCGGUGAAAUGGACCGAUCCGGACGGGACCUCGGACUUUUACCGGGCUCGGAUUCUAGCUCUGGGAGAAUCAGAAGAAGACCUGGAGGCGGAGGGAAGAGGCCGGCAGAGGCUUAGAUUUGAAAGAAUGGCAUAUUCGCCUGACGGCGAAGAUGAAGACGAUGAUGUCGAGCCAGAGCGUCCUGCAAAAAAGCCCUCUGGCCCAAGGCAGGAGCUAUUGGACAUGUUAAAAAAAAAACUGACGACAUCCAGCAAAGGGAGGAAGCUGCUUUAAAGAAGCAGAAAAAGAGGCCAACAUAUGACGAUAGGGGUGGCCUAGUCACUGAGCUGAAGUACAAGGUACAGAGACUUGAAGGCCUUGUGGAAAGAAAGUGCAAAAAAAUUGAGGAACUGCGAAACAAAAACGAAGAGUUGGAGCAGGAGGCCAUGAAGCUGAGGCAGCUGAACAUGAGGCUGCAGGAAAGAAUGCUGACAGCCAUAGACGAAGGCAAAGGUAUGGAAUUCAGCUUUCUGUAGUUUUGUGGCUUCUGUGGCUGCUACAUGGACUUAUUUGUAAUUUGUAUGCCAGUAGCA